AUGAGACUCUCGGGUCUGUCGUUGCUCGUCCUUCUGGACUCUGUCUGGUCAGGUGAGUGCAAUUUAGAUGGUGAUGGGUUGUUUGGUGGGGUGAGUAAGAUGGGACAGUCAUCGGGAGGGCUCAGUAAUAUUGUUCUUUGAGUAUAAUUGCCACAAUUCUGGGUUGCCAAAAGUUUCAUAGAAAAAAAUAAACUUCUCAGGUUGCAAUAGAACAAUGCGGAGAAAAAACGUAUCGUAAUAUUGUUUUUUGGCAAAUUUUUAUUUCAUCCCCGGAACUUUUGCCAUUUCUCUAAAGAUAUCUCCGGAACUUAUGCCAUUUUCGAAUCCUCCGAGUGUUUAUCGCCUUUUCCUCUUGUCGAUAAUCCAAUCUAAAGUCAAAAUGGCAUUGGCCGAACGCCAAAAGCCAACACAAUGGCCUUAAAUUGAAGGGAUUUUCGGAAAAUUUGGAAAACAACAUUACCGUAACAAUUUUUAUUUCUUAUUGUCUAAAAAAACUAUUGGUCGCUAAAAUACGACUUUGUUUUCAGUACUAUCGCUAUGUUCCUGCUCCGUCCGCCACAUCCGUCUGAAUGCCUUCGAACCCCAGCGUCAAAUCUUUUCCCCCGAUUAUCCCCGACCUUAUUGUGGUAACAUUGAUUGUUUGUGGAUCAUCGAGGCUCCGUCCAACACUUCUGUUAUUCGAUUUUAUACUCGAAAAGUCGACCUCCGCCUUCGAAGAGACUCCAUUAGAUUUUACGACAGCAAAGAUUUGGAGGAGGAAAAGUUUUUGAGGAAUUUUCGAAGUGAUAAUGCCUCGGCUGAAUGCCAUAAACGGGAGGAAUGCGAGUAUAAAGCAACGGGGCCACGGAUCGGGAUCAGAUUCGUCGCUGGGAGAGGAGUGCCGGAUAAUUAUGGGUUCCAGGUAAGGUUCAGUAAAACGUUAUGCCGUCUAGUGUAAUAUAUAAUAAAAAAUAAAGUCCUAAAGUUUUGCUUGGUACUAAAAGUAGGCCUGACAUCUAGCAGAAACUGUUUCAAAGCGCUCUGUGGUCUAUUUUGGCCUAAUUUUACUUUGCGCAUUAUUAGUCAUCAAGUACAAUAUAAUCUUUCCUGUCAUAAAAUAAUUUUUAAUGUCAUGAUAUUCAUGCCUUUGUGGUAUUUUUAAAAGCGACAGUAUCAUUUUCAAACCGUUUUAUGACCGAAUCUGACCUUAGUUUACCAAUUCCAUUAGUCAUCAAGCUGUCUGAGAAUUCUGAAACGGUAGCUGUGCCCAUUUAACAGUUUUCUUGGGGCCUUUUUUUAGCUUGUUUUACCUAGUCCACCAAGUAAAAUAAAAAUUUUUUUACUGUUACAAAAAUUUUUUACUAUGUUACCCUUCCCAACACACCAUUUGCAGGCCACAGUCAGCCUUUUCAACCACGAGCUGGACUACUCCACCGACGAUUCGAUCGACGAGGGCCUCGUUUCUUUCUGGAAUUUCCUUGUUUGGGUAAUCUUAGUGUUUUGUCUAGUCGCUUUUAUUUUCGCCGUCAUUUAUUUGGCCUGUCUGAAACGAGGCCAGGAAGAAAACCGAUCUCCUCUGCUGAACAAAUCCGUCAAGGAGGAGAGCAUUCACUUGUCGAUUCAUUCAGAGAACGAACUUUCUGAAGGGAAAUCAUAA